AUGGAGAUACCUAAAAACAAAAACCAAAAUAAAAAUCCACCUAACGGUGAGGAGGACGCAAGCGAGGUCAGCUCGCUUGCGAAUAUAACCGAGGCGCUAGAUGCAUCGUAUGCACGUGCCUCUAGCAGGAAGGAGUCAGACUCAGAGUCCGACUCAUCAUUGUCUGGCGUCAGCAUCGCGCUGCGCCACAAGAAAGACCGGGGCGUUUUUAAACGUCCCAGGUUGGAGCCGUCUUCCAACGAGCAGGAGGCCCCAGCCCCCAAAAUCCCCACGGCUGCGCGGGGUAGGGGCAAGGGGAAGGGCUCCACAAGGGCGGCUGGGAGCCGAUCCGAGCCGGCAGAGCGGCUGGCAGCGGAGGGGAGCGCCCUGGGAAAGGCUGCCCCCUCGGACUCCUCGGAGAUGGAGGCCUCCGGUGGCCCGAGCGUACGGCGCGUAGCGUUCCGCGCGCGCCUCAAAGAGCCAAUAGACCACCACAGACGGGGCCCUAAAGGGCUGAUGUUCAGCCGGGGCUGCGGGGUAAGCGCAAUAAGGUACCGCGACCUCGGCACAGAGCAGGAGAAGGAACAGGGGGGCAGACACGCACACAAUACAUUCGCAGUACGGGAUCAGAGAGAGGCAAGUGACGCUGAGCGGCUGACAAUACAGGCGGCGACACAGACUGCGAGUGGACGGUAUACAUGUGAGGUGUCAGCUGAUGCGCCCUCCUUCCAGACAGCGCAAGUACACACGCAUAUGUAUGUCGUCGUUCUGCCCAAAUCCGGCCCCUCAAUGCACGGUCUUAAACGUCGGUACCGGCCCGGUAUGAAGCUAAAAGUGGAGUGCAUCAGCCGGCACUCGCUACCGGCUGCCAAUCUGUCUUUCUUCAUCAACAACGAUGCGGUCGGCAAACGAGCAGACGGAUUACCUGAUGGUAAGCAAUCAGCGCCGCCCUUGGACACCCGCAACGGAGGAGUUACGAGUGCGUUGCCGACCUUUUAG